UGUCGUAAAGUGUUCAAGCAUGCGUCAAACAGAUUGGGCAGCACCAAUUGUCAGUACUUUCGUUUUGUUUCAGUCAGUUCCCCUUGUCAGCAAGAGAUACACCAAAGCUAGGCGUUGCAUUAACUGAUCAAAAUGGGAAGAAAGAGUCAGCGGGCUGCAGCCCUGCAGCUCUCGGUCCCUGCCAAUGGCGCUGCGAUGUGGGACGUGGUGAUCGUUGGAGCGGGUCUGUCGGGUCUCACUGCUGCUUGGGAGCUGCUGAAAUCAAGCCCACAACUGCAAGUGCUGGUGCUGGAAGGCAAAGGUCGAGUGGGUGGACGAACACAAACCGUAAUGUUACCCUGUACCAAUGGGAUGGAUAUGUGGGAUCUUGGUGGACAGUGGGUGGGAAGGACACAACAUUUUGUUCUUGAUCUAAUUAAAGAUCUGGGUCUUGAAAUAUACCCUCAGUACACAAGUGGAUGGAAGUUAAGUCACUUGGGAGGUCCAGACAACAACAUCCGAUCAUAUUAUUUCAAUAUUCCAUCGAUAUCUGUGCUAGCCCUUAUUGAUUUACAGCUGUUUAUUUGGAAGAUUGAGAGACUAAGAAAAAAAGUGGCUGUCAGAAAAGUUAAAUAUUGUCCUCAAGCUGCAGAAUUUGACAGCAUAACUGUGAAAGAUUUUAUGGGAAGACAUCUUUGGACUCAGGAGGCAAAAGAGUGUGUAGACUUGGCUUGCAGGGCUGUCUUUGGGAUGGAGAGCAAUGUCAUGUCUUUUCUUUACUUUUUAAUGUAUUCUUCUGCCUCUGGUGGUUUCAUGCCUCUUGUGGAAGCAACCUAUGGAUCUGCACAAGAAUUCAGAAUAAAGGGUGGUGCACAGCAACUAUCUGAACGACUUGCUGAUUCAAUUGGAAGAGAGAAUAUCCUGUUAAAUUCAGCAGUAACUGCAAUUCAUCAGGAUUUAAACAAAGUUGAAGUGAGGACCAAAAGUAAAUAUUUUUUGUGCAAGAAAGUUAUUGUAUCCUGCCCACCUCAUCUGGCAGCAAAGAUCCAGUAUGAACCUAGUCUGGGAACUGAAAGACAUUACCUGAUGAGUAAGACACUAGUGGGUCACAUGAUCAAGUUUAUUGUCACAUACGAAACCGCAUUCUGGCGAGAUAUGGGUCUCUCUGGAGAAAUUGUGAAUCGAUCUACUAUAGAGUAUCCUAUUUGUGUCACAUAUGAUGCAACCAGUUCAGAAGGUAACCCAGCUAUUGUGGGAUUUAUUUCUGGAGAGCAAGCAGUCAUCUGGAGUCAAGCAACGGCAGAAGAGAGAGAAUCAAAAGUCAUUGCAAGUCUAACGAAAUUUCUUGGGCUUAAUGCUUUGUUUUACAUCCACUAUGAAGACAAGGACUGGAGCCAGGAAGCAUUCAAUGGAGGAUGUCCUGUUAGUGUGAUGGCACCUAAAAUGCUUACAUCUUACUACCCAGGACUCCGCUAUCGUCAUGACAGCAUUCACUUUGCUGGGACAGAGACCGCUGAUGUUUGGUGUGGAUAUAUGGAUGGAGCUGUGCAGUCCGGUCGUCGGAGUGCAUUAGAAGUACUGAUCAUGCUUUCUUUCAAAGACAAAAGCCUGCUUCCAAACAACAGUACAGUUACCAGUAACUCACAAGAUGAACAAGGCAGAAGAGGCUGUUGGCGCUUCUCAAAAUGGCAUCUUCUUGGAGCAACUGCUCUCACAAUUGUUUUUCUGUGGCACUUGGGGAAAAAAAAUAUGAAUUUAAAAACUGAUCCCAUCCCAAAUUUCAUGCUUCUGUCUACAUAGCGAGAAUGGAGUUUUUUGCCAGAUUUUGUACAUCAGAGAGCCACAAAUGUGUAGUUAUUUUAAAUGGCAGACACUUUAGAAUGGUGGUGGCUAUACUCAGUAUGUGACAUCAUUUUGAAAGCACAGCAAAGAUAGACUAUGCAAAACUUUUCUGGCUCAUUCAUGGCGUGCAAGUACAAAUGGAAUUUAAGGAUGUCAGCUUUAUUUUGUUAAUGAAGGUUUAACAUUUCAAAAGUAAGUUACAGAUUUUCUUGAAUACUAAACAUUGAGUUUUUCUUGAUUUUGUUAAAAGCAUAAUUUUUAACUCAUCUGUUAAUUUGACAAAUUAAAGCUUUUUUAGGAUUUAUUUAUUAAAAAGAGUCUAGUCUUGUAAUACUGCAAUUCUGUACAUGUGACUCAAGGUCAUGUUCAGUCUUUAAGUACCCUUUAAAUGUAUUUUCAUUUAUUUGACAUAAUUUUCUACUAGAGCAGGGACUGUGAUCACUGUCACUGAUCCAAUAAUAAGCAGUACAAAAACAUGCCUUAAUAUCACUUUCUCUCAAUGAAAUUAUGUGUAAAGUUGACAGUUAAUUUUUAAUUAAUUUUUUGUUAUUAUUUGUAUUAUUGCUGUCUGCAAAUGUUUUCAGUUUCUUUGUACCGACACUAGAUGGUAGACUUUCCCUUCUUGUACUGCCAAGCACAUUGUAGGUGCCAACUGUGUGCUGUCAUGUGGACUUGUGAAUUUUCUUGCUAAGCUGUAAUAUUUUGUUCGUAGUAAAGAUUUUAUUUUUAGGUUUUUACAUCUCAAAAUAUUUUUUUAACUGGUGGAAGUAACUGAUUUGUUAUAUUAGCAGUGCCCUUUAUACUGGUAUUCUGAGUGCUAGAUAACUUUAAAGGUUAACAGAAAUAAUACAUUAAGAGCUAAAAAAUGUCAUUCAUAUCUUGCAAGCUAUGCACAUAUUUCUUGCAGUUUGAACUAAGAAACAAGGGAGUGAAAAUGGUUGGAUUAGUGAAUGUAUUAACUGAGUCUUUACAUAAUGAAAUAUUGUUUUACAAACCAUGCUAAUACAGGAAAUGAGCAAAUAAAAGUUUAAAAAAAAUAAACAUAAA